AGAUUUUGAAACGAUUUUCACGUGAAAGGAAGAAUUUUUGGGUCGACUAGUAGCUGCGGAAGGUCACACAAUGGUCAGCAGGAAAAGGCGGGCAGCACAGAUUGAAAGUAGCCGUAAAGGCGUCGCCAGCAUUCGAGCUCGUUGUGAUAUGGAGGCUUCCUGUUCCAGUUCCCAAGAGAACGAGGCUUCGCGUGCAUCUACCAGUCAAUGCAGUUCCCCGAAAAAUUUGAAAAUGGAAAAUGUUACUAUCUUGCCAAAAACAUUGAAGCUGAUACAUGAUGAUCCGAAGAGUCAAGUAAUUGUUUCAAUACAAUUUGAGAUAGAAGAUACUAAAAAAAAAAUAUCAGCUGCCAUUCUAAACUUCAAUAUCUCUAAAAAAGCGAAUAAUGCGAUAAGAAGUGAGAGAAAGCGGAUCGUGGCAACGAUACUCAAGACUCGGAAACAUGUGGAACGAUUCAGAAGACUUUGGAAAAAAGAGAAAAAGAAAAAAGAACACUCUGAAAUUCUAUACAAGAAAAGCCAGCUGAGCAAACAGGAGACUAUUGCAAAAUUUCCUCCGAUGUUUCGCUGAUCUUUUGGCAAUCUCAAAAAUUCGGAAUCGAAACGAGUACGCUUCUCUGAGGCCCUGUAUGUUCUACAACAGAUGACAAAACUGGAAGAUAUGCUCCAUUCAUAAAUGGCUUCUUGAAAUUUGUUCGCGAACGGAAGGAACAGACGUUUUGCAAUCAACUUUCUUCAUUUCAAACGUUGGUAUUGAAGAAAAAAUGUGAACUGACGCAUUCACAAUUGACGAAAUUGAAGAAUCACUUUCUUGGAUAUCUGGGAUUUGACAUUUUGCCAGGCAUGAAGCCCGGAUUGCAGUUGGCCACCAAGUUUUCCAUGGCUUCUGUCUUCAAAGUGAAACUUCAUGUCAAUUCAGAAAAAACUCCAGUGACGGUCUGCCAAUGCCACGAUAUUGCACGAGUGUUGAAACAUCGAAUCGAACUUCUUGCGAAAUCUCGGAUACUUCUUGUCAAUGAUAUUGAAAUCUGGCGAUAGAAACUGGACAAAGACGACGAAUUUCCCAAAAUCCACCAAAAAGUCCAUAUUUUAUCAAUAUAAUUAUCAAUCGAUUCUUUUUUUUUAAUUUUCUCUUAUUUUUCACAAAUUUUCUCAAUAAAUUAUAAUUAUGUUUUA